AUGCUGACCCGGGUCAAGUCGGCGGUGGCCAGCCUGAUGGGCGGGAUGAUGACGGCGGACGCGGAGCACUUCGGCGGCGGCGGCGGCUCGGAUCUGCCGCUGAGGUUCCCGUACGGCAGACCGGAGUUUCUGGGACUGUCGCCGGAUGAGGUGGAGUGUUCGGCGGACCACGUCGCCAGACCGAUCCUGAUCCUGAAGGAGUCCAGCAGACUGCCCUGGGCCACCGGCUACGCGGAGGUGAUCAACGCAGGGAAGAGCUCUCUAAAUGAGGACCAGGCGUGCUGUGAAGUGAUGGCCGUCAAACCGAGACCGACAGGGAGCGCCACACCGAACCAGACCUCCGCAGCCCGCCGCAGGUCCUCGCUCCCCAAUGGAGAGGGCCUCGGACUCAGGGACAACCUGGACAGUUCGGAGGGCGUGACCUUCCACUACUGGGCGUUGUUUGACGGUCACGCGGGUUCGGGGGCAGCCGUCGUGGCCUCACGCCUCCUGCACCACCACAUCGCCCGGCACCUUCAGGAGGUGGUCGAUGUCCUGCGCAACCCCGCCCUGCUGCCCCCCACCUGCCUGGGAGAGGAGCCUGUCAACAACCACCACCACCACCACCACCACCACCUCACCCCCACCUCCCAGCGAGCCCUCACCAGAGCCGCCUCGCUCCGGGGGGCGGCGGGGGCGCCGGGCUCCCCCAGCACGCCUCCCGUGCGCUUCUUUACCGAGAAGAAGGUUUCGCACGAGAGCCUCGUGGUCGGCGCCAUUGAGAACGCUUUCAAAGACAUGGAUUCCCAGAUAGGAAAGGAGAAGAUGAUCUACAAUAUUUCAGGAGGCUGCACCGCUCUUGUUGUCAUUUUCUUACUCGGAAAGCUUUAUGUUGGGAACGCAGGCGACAGCAGAGCUGUCAUUAUCCGGGCAGGAGAAGUCAUCCCUGUGUCAAGAGAGUUCACGCCGGAGUCGGAGCGACAACGGCUGCAGUUCCUGGCCUACAUGCAGCCAUACUUGUUAGGAAAUGACUUCACUCAUCUGGAGUUUCCCCGGAGGGUCCAGAGGAAGGAAGUGGGUAAGAAGAUGUUGUACCGGGACUUCACCAUGUCAGGGUGGGCAUACAAAACCAUGGAGAACGAGGACCUGAAGUUCCCGCUGGUCUUCGGCGAGGGCAAGAAGGCUCGCGUGUUGGCGACCAUUGGAGUCACCAGGGGCCUCGGCGACCACGACCUUAAAGUACACGACUCGAACAUCUACAUCAAACCUUUCCUCUCGUGUUUCCCAGAGGUCAAAGUGUACCCGCUCGCGCAGUGCGACCACGACGCCGAUGACGUGUUGGUGCUGGGAACCGACGGCCUGUGGGACGUCCUUAGCAACCAGGAAGUGGCCGAGGCUGUCACCUGUUUCCUGGCCAACUGUGACCCCGACGACCAACACAGAUACACGAUGGCGGCGCAGGACCUGGUCAUGCGAGCCCGGGGGGUGCUGAGGGACCGGGGCUGGAGGAUAUCUGAUGACAGACUGGGAUCUGGGGAUGACAUUUCUGUCUACAUCAUCCCUCUGAUGCACGGCAAUAGAGAGACCUAG